UCUCUCGAGAGCAACCAACCGGUCGCCGCUUGGAACUAGAAAACAUAAACAAACGAGAGGGAGGGGCUCCAAAUGCCCGAUACGUUACGGCACGAGAGCUAAGGGGGGGAAGGAACCGGGGAAACGGGGUGGGAAACCGGGAAUGAUGGGGAAGAAGGGCGUUCCCGAUUGGCUCAACAGCCCGCUUUGGUCCUCCCAUCCAUCCGACGUCCGAUACGCCACCAAAUCCACCUCCCCCGAUCCGCCACCGCGACCUCCGCCGCCGCCGCCGCCCUCCGAUCCUUCUCCUCCGCCGCCACCGCUUCCCGAUCCGACCAGAGAGGAACCGAGCCCGUCGGGGGUCCCGCCGGAGGAGGACUCCCUCCAGUCCCAGCUCCUGACCGAGUUCAAGCUCACGCUGUCGAAGAAGGUAGUAAAUCUUGGGGAAUUGAGAAGAUUAACGUGCCAGGGUAUUCCUGAUGGCGCUGCAAUCCGUCCAACCGUAUGGAAGCUCCUCUUGGGGUAUUUGCCACAUGAUCGGACGCUAUGGGCACAUGAAUUGGAUAAGAGACGUUCUCAAUAUAAGGCUUUCAAAGAUGAGCUUCUGCUAAAUCCUUCAGAAAUCACGCGAAGAUUGGAGGAAUCAGCUGGUUCCAAAACUGAAGAGAUGAAUUGCAAAGGAAGUGGCUUGCUUCAGAGGUCAGAAAUUACUGAUGGGGAACAUCCUCUGAGCCUUGGGAAGACCAGCAUUUGGAAUCAAUACUUCCAGGACACAGAGAUCAUAGAACAGAUUGAUCGGGACGUAAAACGUACCCAUCCAGAUAUGCAGUUUUUCUCUGGGGACUCUUCCUUUGCAAAGUCUAAUCAGGAGGCUUUGAGGCGCAUACUUACUAUCUUUGCAAAACUAAAUCCCGGUAUAAGAUAUGUACAAGGAAUGAAUGAAGUUUUAGCACCACUCUUCUAUGUAUUCAGGAAUGAUCCAGAUGAGAAUAAUGCUGCCUAUGCAGAAGCAGACACAUUCUUUUGUUUUGUCGAGUUAUUGAGUGGGUUCAGAGAUAAUUUUUGCAAGCAGCUUGACAAUAGUGUUGUUGGUAUACGUUCUACAAUUGCCAAAUUAUCACAGCUUCUAAAAAGACAUGAUGAAGAGCUUUGGCGUCAUUUAGAGGUUACAACAAAAGUAAAUCCACAGUUCUAUGCAUUUAGAUGGAUAACCCUACUAUUGACUCAAGAGUUCAGUUUCACAGACUGCCUUCUUAUCUGGGACACUCUAUUAGGUGAUCCGGAGGGCCCUCAGGAAACCUUACUACGGAUAUGCUGUGCCAUGCUGAUACUUGUUCGAAGACGUCUCUUAGCAGGUGAUUUUACAGCCAAUCUCAAGCUAUUACAAAAUUACCCGACCACAAACAUCAGUCACCUCCUACAUGUUGCUAACAAGUUGCGAGGACCAGUUGCUGGCUGACUUUCCAUUUUCCAUUCUGGCUUUUGGGUGUAUUUGUGCAUGAAUUGUGGAAAUUUGUUGGCCAUGUAAAUGUUUGUUCUGAUAGUCAUCUAACGCCUGAAAGAGUAGCAGCUUAGUUUUAUGGGUUUUUAAAUGCCCCUAGGUCGAUGGUCGCCUUGUUGGCUCCCAUUUAUAGUGUUUUGAAGCUCUCUGGAUGAGCGAUCUGAUUUUGCUGAUCAUACGAGGUAUGCUGUGACCUACAAAUUGCAUUAGCAUCCGCUUUAAUUCAUUGUGUUUCUGUGAAACAUUUACUGUUGCACAGAAAAAAGAUAUUUAUAUAUGUCCAUGUGUGAUUGAU